AUCAGGGCAUUUCCGCAGUGUGGCGUGAGUCUGUUUUUACAUCUAAAAAGAGUUUGUUUGGAAAUUUCUUACAGUAUUCCAUACUGUACUUACAUUAUAUAAAAUAUUGUACAUAGCCAGAUAUCGACUGAUACAUUCAUGUUCACUAUAAGUCAUAAAUCUCCAGUUUGACAUUUAAAUGCAUUUUUAGUGGGUACAUCAUUAUGAAGCAGCUGCCUCCAGACACCGUGCGGCUGUUGUCCAGCUCGCAGGUCAUCACCUCUGUGACGAAUGUUGUGAAAGAACUCUUGGAGAAUUCACUUGAUGCUGGGGCUUCAACCAUUGACGUAAAACUGGACAACUAUGGCUUGGACCGAAUUGAGAUACGUGACAAUGGCCAUGGAAUCAAAGCUGCAGAUGCCGCCGUGAUGGCUGUUAAACAUUUCACAUCCAAGAUACAGAGCCAUGAAGACCUAGAGCACCUUGAGACAUAUGGCUUCAGAGGAGAGGCACUCGGGUCCAUUUGUGCUGUGGCAGAGGUGACCAUCACCACAAAGACUGAGGAUGAUCACAUCAGCACCCAGUACAUGCUUAACUUCCAAGGGCACAUCAUUUCUCAGAAGCCAACUCACAUUGGCCAAGGUACUACAGUUUGUGCACUGAAACUUUUUAAGAAUCUUCCUGUGAGGCGACAGUACUACUCAUCUGCUAAAAGGUGCAAGGAUGAACUGAAGAAAGUCCAGGAUCUGAUGAUGGCCUACGCCAUUAUAAAGCCCGACUUAAGACUCACACUUACCCAUAAUAAGGUGGUGCUUUGGCAGAAGGCCAAAGUGGCUGAUCACAGAAGUGCCCUCCUUGCAGUAUUGGGGUCGAGUGCAGUAGUCAACCUACUUCCCUGUCACAUUCAACAAGAGGAACUAGAGAUAUUUUUAGAUGGCUUUUUUCCCAAGCCAGGAGCAGAAUUGUCUUCUACAAGCACAUCUGUUCCAGGUAAAACAUUCAUAUAUGUCAACAACCGGCCUGUCCACCAUAAAGACAUAAUUAAGAUGCUUCGCCAACACUAUGCUGCGCAAUAUACGGAAGAGUCGGCACAAAGUCGAUACCCAAUACUUAUGCUUAAAAUCAAAGUUUCACCGUCUUCGGUGGAUGUCAAUAUGACACCUGAUAAGACCGAGGUUCUUCUCCAUGACAAGGAGGCCUUGCUCACCGCAUUAGAAGCACUGCUAGUUUCUCUCUAUCAUUCUGGUAGGGACUCUCCAAAGGAACAUCACAGCAUUGAAGCAUCUCUUUCACCAACACUGCAGACUGGCACUGUACAAGUGAAUGGCGAGCUAAUGAGAGAGAGAAGUGCAGUACAGGUUGUUGUUCCAUCUGAGAUCGCCACAUGUAAGAAUUUCAAAGAUCCACUUAAGCAGUGUGACACUGCAGUGAAUGACAAUCCUCCACCAGAUGGACAGGACUCUGAUUGCAGCUCUUCAUCCUUGGUAGAAGAGGACUGGAUUGUCAACCAAAUUCUUGGUGGAUCAGACUCAAACGUCUCACGUAGUUGUGACGAAACAGUACAUUUUCCAGGUGAAGUCCAUGAAAGAAGUGAGGACAAUCCAAUAUUGGGUCCAAAUCUAAGCAAACCCCAUAUAUCAACUGAAGACUGGUGCAGGGGCACAGCUUUAAUAGACCCGGUAUCACGAGAACCACUGCAACCCAUUAAAAUUCAUCUACCCUUGAUGCCAAGCCACUCUGACGGAGAUGAGACCAAGGCUCAGAGCAGCUCUAACAAAACAAUGGUCAAUGUCAUAACAGAUAAACGGAUAGCUCUGACAGCUUUUGACCUGAUCAAAAACCGUACGGUGAGAGCGCCACUGUCAGCUUUUACCCUUUUUGAGAAGGAGGUCCGAGUCGAGGUUGUCGGGGAGAAACCUACUGCCAGCCUGCAAGAGAUUAACACCGCUGUUAAUGAGAGAUGGAAAAAUUUAUCCGAGCAAGAUCUCAAAAAGUAUGAGGACGAAGCACAAAAACACCAAAAAAACCACAGCCGCACUUGCACAAGUAAACUGGCAAACAGCGAAGGCCUGAAAGAGCGGAAGGGCCACAAACGCAAGGCUCCACUCUCGAACCAGCAGCUGCUAGACGAGCUCUUCUCUGCACAGCCCCAAAAGAAGGAGAGGAGCCCAACGCUGAAGCCCUCACAGCCCUUCCCUUUUUGCAUGUCAAGCCUUCAGUUGCAGCUUCAGCGCCUUUCAUCCCAGCUUGGAGCAGCACCACAGGGCCUCCGUCUUAUAAACCGGCUGGCCUCUCAGAGUGCCUGGGUCAUUUUAUGUGGUCAGAGGCUCAUGUUGUUAAACCCAUUUCGGGUGCAGGAGACCUUGCUGUUUAAGAGACUCCUACAGAAUAAUAUACUUCCAGCAGUCACUCUACAGAACCCUAUACAUAUAACAGAAAGAUGUUUAGGGGGAACGGAAUAUAUGGAGGCUCUAUGCAACAUGGAGAAACAAAACCCAGAUCUGAAUGGUGGGAUGUUCAUCUCUGACCAAAGACUUGUGGCCAAUGGGUUUAAAAUCAGACUUACUCCAGGCGUCAUGUCACCUGAGAGACAUCUGGAAGUGACAGCACUGGCAGACUGCGUACCUUUCCUCGGUAUAGAGGACCUCAGGGAGAUCAUGACUGCAGUGCAUCACAGGAAGGCCAAGACUGUGCAGGAGUGUCGGCCACUGAAAGUUUCCAACUACCUACAAAGUGAGGCCGUUCGACUUGCUCGACAGAUGCCUGCACAUUUAUCAAGGGAGGAUGUGGAGGACAUCCUUAGACGGAUGGAAGAACUUGGUGAGAACAGCCACAUCUGUUUCCAUGGAAGGCCGUUUCUACAACUCCUGUCUGACAUCCCUCAUACUGACCAGGAGACUAAGGCUCUGCUUAAACCUUUGGGACUAUAGAACUGAUGACUAUCAAAACAACUACAGUGGAACCUCAGGUAGUGUAUUUUUCUGUUUACAUCGAAAAUUAUUUUUUCCCUCAAUUUGCCUACAUGUCCCAGUUAGUUAGACUCCAACUGUUAAAAUAUUUUUUAUCACAAAAUGUCACUGUUAGUGUUGAAACCAGAACUGGAAGUCACUGUCUCCCAUCCCAUCACUGGUUGAUCAUAGUUCUGUUAACCAACACAAUUAUGUUUUCUUUUGAUCAUGGCUUCCAAAUAACCCUCAAUGAGACAAAGAAAGUUGAAAGUUCCAGGACUUUGAUGAAGAAAGUGAGAAACGCAUCUGAAACACAAUUUAAGAAAUAACUUGCAGCACAAUAAGAAAGUGGUGUCCAUGAUGUCUUGCUGCCUCAUAGCCAUCUUUGUCAACUAUCAAGUCUUCAAUCAAGGUAAUAGUGAUGUUAAAGUGUUGUAUUAAUAUUUUUGUGUGUCCAGAACGUAUUUUUAUCUAUAAUUAGAUUUGCUUUGGGCUGCACGGCGGACGAGUGGUUAACACAUGCAGGCCUCACAGCCAGGAGACCCGAAUUCAGGAACGGAUUAAUGAUGAUAACCGGGGUUCCACCGUACUUUCAAUAGCAUGUAAUUUUUACACAACACACUUUUGGCAGUUCUUGUAUAUUUUUCAGUUUUGCUUCAUACCUGUAGACUUCUUUGAAACCGUAAUAAAUGUUACACUGUGCACGCACCCUAAAGCACCUUAUGCUUUAAUUACAGCAAUACUAGGUAGUUGUUUUGUAUAGUUUUCCCUCUAUAUAUCACCACAGUUGAUAUGAAAUAAAACAAUAGACAUUUAACAGUAGACUUUCAGCCACUUUUGUUGUCAGUAAGACAACAAAUGCUGCAUUGCAGUGGACCUCAGUUGGACCGUGGGCCACAUGUGGCCUGCUAACAUAACCCAAAUAAUAUUCCAACUAACAACAAAUGCUCAUCCUAGUUAUUUAUAACAAAAACAAAGACAUUUUUUGUGAAAAUGUAUACACAGUAGCAGACGUUGCUAACCCCAGUGUAGUCAGAAUGGUACAAUCGUAAAUACAUGAUUGAUAUUUUUAUAUGACUCGACGGUGAGCUUGAUAGUUGAAUCAGACUCAUCUGAAUCUCCGACUCGAAUAGUCUACUAUUCUAAGACAUCCUAUAUAUAUAUGUAUGCGGGGUGUGUGUAUGUAUAUAUGUAUAUGCACAAGUCAGCCCAGGAGAGGGAGGGGAAAUCAAACCCAAGUUCAGCAGAGUAUGACCGGAGUUCAGCCAUAACUUUCUUAAAAAAAAAAAAAAAAGUAUCUGGAGUAGAAUCAUCUCUUCAAAUCUCCCAAGCCAUAGCCAUUAAUAAGUCAGCAAUACUAAUAAAAGACUCAUAAGCCAAGGAUGUGACGAGAGAGAUGUGCCAGCCCCAUAAGUCUGAUCCUUCAAUUAGUGCCAGCUGUCAGUCCCAUACUGUAGUAUGGACAGAUAUUUGGUUACGAUCCCAGGCUGCAUAAAUGCUUGCACUGUAAUGUCAACCUCUUAGUUGAAAGUGACACUUCAUUUAGACUUGCGGGCUAAUAAUUCUGUUUAGUUUGGCUGCUGCUUCCUGUGGGAAACCGAGUAAAAUGAAAAACUGGAAUACACUGUGUUGAAUCUAAGGAUAGAGUAGUAACAGGAAUAUUGUGUUUUCUUACCCAUAGAGUGCAUAAAUGCUUUUAGAAUGGGCCGGUGGUGAUCAGUGUAGGGAAAAUAACUGUGUAACAUAGUUAUUUGUUAACUUUACCCAACAGAAUUACUUAUUGUUCUGAGUGCUACUGUGUAUGUAAAUAUUUUCUAAAGGUAAUAUCUUACCUAAUAAUAAUGCAUUUUUUGACUGAUGUGACUCCAGAACGACUUAGUGUUGAAAGUAUGACAUAUAAUUAAUUUUUUUAAGUCCCAGAAACUUUUUGUUAAAGUUAGUUGAAGCCUCAUAGCUCUUAAUACCUGUGAUAAUGGCUCACAUCAUUAUGUAAUUAAGAUAUAAUUUAUUGUCAUGUGUACAGUAAGAAAAUAAACUUUAUGUAACUGUAUUUUUACAUUACCGACCAUUCCAGGUCGCUUGAAGUCAGCUGGGAUAGGCUCCAGCAUACGGUAACCCUAAUAAGGAUAGGAUGUAUAGAAAGAUGGAUGGAUGGAUGUUUACAUUACACAUUCCAUUUUUAAAUAUAUUGAUGACUAAUAUAUUUUGAUUAAUCUUCCUCAGAUUUCAGACCCAAUGGCCUCAUGCAUGCUGUACAUUUUUAAUAUUUCUGUUCCUAAAAACACACCUCGUCUUAACUACUAAUUAGUUUUCCACAGUAAGCAUGAUUUCUUAAAUAUACAAUACAUGUGUACAGGAAAUGCCCCACAUACUUUGUACUGUACUGUAAAGAAUAUGGUCACGAGACAUUUUCACUCACUACGCUCUCCUAAGAAUCUCUCCAAUGGAAAAAGUGAAAUCUGAUUGCUUACCUUAAUAAUAAUAAUAAUAAUAAUAAUAAUAAUAAUAAUAAUAAUAACAAUAAUAAUAAUAAUAAUAUAGUUAGGCCAGUGAAAGGUCAACCCUCACCACGUGUCUUGUUUUACGUGAGAGGAGCCUCCCACAUAUAGCGCUAGUAUCGAUGCAGGGUAGAUGCUAGGCAAAGUGCCCGUUGGAAGGGAAUACAUAGCGAUGAGGACCUCUGGCCUCAGUUCGCCCACCUCCCUUAAGCUUUCCAUCCCUCACUCCAGCAUGAAGUCUUGUGUGAAACUUGUCACUCUUGUAAACACGCUCCACAGUUUCUUGUGUCACGAAAUGUAUGCAGCAGCAGAAUUUGCUCCACGCUUGCUACUCUUAUCACCCAAGGGGCAUAUCAGAGUAAUUGGGGAGGAUUAACUGUUUAAAAGGUCAACAGAGUGCCUUUGCCAGCUGUCUUUUAUAUCACCUGUUGUAUUUUUUUUUUCCAUGAUUGAACAGACUUGAAUGAAUGAAUGCAAUAAUGACUGCAAGCUGCAAAAUAUCUACACUUUGAUAUAAGAACACUUCCAGGGUCUUGAAGAUGCAAAGCUCCUGUUACUGCCCUAAUUUACAGAGCUCCUCAUGCUCCGUGUUGCAUUCAACACCCAGUGUAACUGUAGACCUCUUUCACAACCCAACAGUAAUCCUACUCUUUAGCAGAGUCAUUAAAUCUAAAAUAAAUAUCAGCGAACUAUAUUUAACAUCUUUUACCACUAUUUUUGGAGCUGUGAUUAGUAGCGCUUUUGCCUGUGUGCAGGCAACUGUUUAGAAAUGUUUGGAAUGCAGAAAACGCUAUAACAUUAAUGAAGUUUACAUUUUACAUUGACACCCUUACUUCUUAUACAUCAAACAUUGACAAAGUAUACGCUGACAACAUUGAAAAAUUUCAAACAUACCCGAUUUCACUUUUUCUGAAUGUAUUUCAACUGUAAAAAACUAUCAGUUUUUCUAAUGCUGUGCUUUCAGUUUAAUGCAUUGCACACGUCCAUUAAUGUCAUUUCCUUUAAAUGCAUUGUGCACAACAUAUAUACCAUGAAUGGUGUUUGUCAUAUUUGAAAAUCUACCCAUCCCUCUGACAGAUGUGACAGGCCACUGUAUUUGUUUGUGGUCAGAGUAUAGCAUAUCAUCUGGAGACAGGAGGUUUCCAAAAUCUGCCCUCUCUCGGCCUCUUUGGAGGAACAUAUAUUCUUCAACACUGUCAGUGUUGUCCCUAGAGAGACACUUUUUGUGGUCUUGAACCCUGGAUGACCUGGGGCUACAAGUUUGGAGGGGUCAGGUUAACCCCUCUGUGAAAACAAACACUAACAGUGAGGAAUAUUGUAAACAUAUCGAGGAGUGGACUUCAACUUUGUCUCCGAACUGAUAGUGGCAGAAUGGAGUCAUUAAUCAUUCGAUGGCUUCCCAGAGGUGACUGUCAGUCUUAAAGUAGGAAUAGUGAUUCCUCAUCGCUAAGUGAAAAAGCAAACAGAGAGGAGACGGGAAGAAUAAAUCACUCAAGAGGCUAAGACAGGGAGCAUUCAACAGCUUGCCAUCUGGCCGUUAUCAUGUCCUGGGUUUAUUUUAUUGCUUUUCAUUACUUUCCGUAGACCCAGGAGAGAUUUAAACAAACAAGCUAUCAGUCUGGCCUCACGCUCUUCUGCUGCUAGUUUAAGUAGUCACAAUGUGCAUCAUGAACGCAGGCCCCGAAAUGAUAAAGCCAAUUCCGUUGUGUGAGACGAAAGAGUUCUACUCCUGGUCCCUAUGACUAUAACAAUUAUGAUCAUUGUAAAGACAUUCAUCUCUCCUUCGAGGACUAGCUUCACUGCAGCAUGGUGCCCUUUGUGUUUCAUCAUCCUCCGCAUCUUUAGCUCCCCUAAAAGACUGCAUUAGUCUAUUUUACCUGCACCCCUGCUUCCUUCCUCCAGCCCAAGUCCAUGUGCAACUGUUUUUAUGUACAUAUUACAAUAAGAAAUUUUUUAUUAGCUGCAUAACUCAAACUGUCAGAACAUCAAGAAGGCAGGCUCUGCGGAUGUAGCUAAUAAUUGAUGCAAUCAGGUAACUGCUAACUGAUAAUCACCAUUGAUUAUGAUUUGUGUUCAUUUCACAUGAAUUAAUGGUGCAGAAUUGAUGUCGAUUUGUACAUCCCACUUUAAGUGAAAUAUAAUGUUUCACCAAAAACAAGCUUAUCGGAGUGUCAUCAACUUCAGACCAACGGCCAGACAGUGUAGGGCAACCUGGACUUAAAAGCGACUCUCCACUGUGUCAGCUACCAGCACCUUUUUUUUAAAGAAACUGAUCAUAUCUAUUUAUUUACUUCAUCUAUACUGUACAGACUGAAUUUGAAACACCUAAAUGCAACAAUCUGGAGAGCAGUGACGCAUACAAGCAUAUUCAAGAGUCAAAUUGCAUGCUGAGGAUGACAAAUUCAUACAUGUUGGCAGGUCUGCACUAAUAUUGAAAGUCCUUACUGCUUCUCACGCCCCAACUGACAGUUCACCGCGGCCCCCUCGGGCGGCCCGCCCUACUAUUUGAGAAGCACUGAGCUAAGGCGACAAUAUGUCCAUUCCGUGUGUGUAAACCUCAAUUUGUCCAUAUACCCAACAUGUGUGCUGAACUGAUGUAGCGACAUGAUGUCAGUGCUUGAAUGAGGCACCUUCUGAGUGUGUGUGUGUGUGUGUGUGUGGCUUGAGCAGGAUUAACUUCUACAGUGAACUUGCAGCAAGGCGGACACAAGUUAGUAGUACAUAAUUUGUAAAUUGUUGCUGGAAUUCCAACAGGCAAGCAGUGUAGAUUAUGUAGACGCGGCUUCUCUGAGCUAGCUGGGACGAUGCAGUGGUUUGCAGAGCAGGGGAGCCUGAUUCUCCCAGUAGAUGCUUCAGUGGGAGCCAGAGGAAGCUCUAACGCUUGUCUAACGACCAGGUUAAAGGUGACUUCAAUUCCCUCAGUUCUAUUGGUCAUUUUGUCAUGCUCUGUGUUGUUUGUUUUCCUUAGUUUCUGUUUUGGACUUAUUUUGUAUCCCAGUUUCCUCAUUUGCACAAUUUCCAGGGGCUUACUUUGUGUUCUGAGUGGGUGAGGUACCACAAUUUAGUUCAGCUUUUCGCUGCUUCAUUACUUGUGUUAGAUGUGUUUGUUAAAACCAAGAAUUCUAAUGCUUCUCACUGCUUCACUAUUUUUCACCCUUACCCUUUCACCUCCAAAUAUUUAUAUAUACUGUGUAAACAGUAUUUCAAAUUUAACCAGGUUCCAUACAUGCCAGCUCUUUUAAUGUUACACAACAAGAAUCACGUCCAAUAACAGGGUCUCCAGCUGUCUUGGACUACUCUAAUAGCCCCUAACAUCCUUCUUGCCUGUUCUCUCACUCUCACUUCCUCACCUGUCAGAGGUGGAAUGUCGCUGGCGAAUGCAAUGCCCCAGAGUCCCACCAUCAACAGAUGUAGUGACGCUCAGUCGAAAUGUUUCAAACUAACGAGGGACAAACAAGCAGUUACAAACAGUGCAGGACAGCCUGACACGGAAGUUUAGCAGCGCCUAAGCAGAGUGUGGACUGCCAUGACUUUUUCAUUUAUUUGUACUGAGCAAGUUAAUCAUGUCAUUUAAUCUUAAUAUCAUCCAUCCAUUACAUUUCUCAAGGGCCUAUGUCAGCACACUUUUUGAUGUGAAUCAUCAUCAAAUAAAAUAUAAAUGUACUCAUCAAUUAAAUUAUUUUCAAACUACUGCCACACUGAGAAAUAUGCUGUAUUUCAGAUGGUCCAUUUAUUCAUUCAUUCAUUUUCUACCGCUUAUCCUCACAAGGGUCACGGGGGUGCUGGAGCCUAUCCCAGCUGUCUUCGGGCGAGAGGCGGGGUACACCCUGGACUGUUCGCCAGCCAAUCACAGGGCACAUAUAGACAAACAACCAUUCACACUCACAUUCAUACCUAUGGAAAAUUUGGAGUCACUAAUCAACCUAGCAUGUUUUUGGAAUGUGGGAGGAAACCGGAGUACCCGGAGAAAACCCACGCAUGCACGGGGAGAACAUGCAAACUCCACACGGAGAUGGCCGAGGGUGGAAUUGAACCCUGGUCUCCUAGCUGUGAGGUCUGCGCGCUAACCACUCACCAACCCUCGGAGGGUCUAAAUAUUAGAAAUAGUACUCAAUAUAAUGCAUAGGAGUGAUUCUGGGUGCCUUCACUUCAAGGGGCAUGAUCAUAAUCAUAUAAAAAUGUAUUGCAAAUACACAGGGGAAACAGUUUGAAAUAUAUAUAUAUAACAUGAUCUGAUGUCAAUUUCAGCCGAUUUUGCUGCAUCCGAAACAUGUGUAAGUAAGGGCAUUAUAAACAUUUUUAAAGCAGCUGACUGAGCACAUAGUGCAAGUAAGCAUCUUGCAUGUCUUGCAUCAUUGCCAUCAAGAUGGUAGAAUCUAAAAAUGUUCCCCGAUGAAAAGACAUUUUGUGGAUCUCACUCCACUUGACGUCUGCUCUCUGCUGGGCCGUGGCUCUCAUCCAGCUCUCAGCAGGAAAGGAAGUGGCUCUCUGGGCCAUUGCUCAAUUCGCCAUCUACUGGGCGGAAGUCAACUCUCAAUGAGGCUGCCAGCCCAAGAGGUCAUGCUGUCAGAGCACACUAGAGUUCACAUCCUCUCAUUAGAUUGCAAUACCCUCAGCAUCCCUAAGUGGAAAAUGAAUAGCUGAGUCAUGGAAAUAGCGCCCCUCAUGAAGGUUUAUGGUGGGCUUGGGCACAUGGCAUCGGGUGGGUUGAAUAUGUCUGUUGUCAUUUUACUCUCUGCUUACUCACACCACGUUUGUCUGUGUCAUUUAUCAGUUUACAACAUGUGUUGAAGACAUAAAGAUUCUCAGCUGCUGAGGCGUGAUGGGGGCUCUCAGCUUCCCUCAAGGAACACAGGCCAAGUUAUUGGUUGAGAGCCCCUACAAAUGAACUUACAUACAAUUACAUACAAUUACUCUUUCAGGACCUCAAUGUCAAAUAAUGAGUAUAGAGUAUAUUAUGUCUUCAGAUACUGACUGACAAAAUUCAGAUAUGUAUCAUUUGGACAUUCAAACAGGACAAAACUCAUCAACAAGCUAUAAACUUUAUUUGUUGAAGUAGUUAUACAGAGUUGCUACAUCACAUCUGCCAUCUUGUUAGACUGUCGUUUAUUAUUUUUUACCAAAAGUGGUUCAGAAAAGCAACUCCUAAAGGAAACAAAGGCAUACAGUAUGUACACAUUACAAACAUAUCAAAAUCAGUUUUUACAACAAGUUUUUGGUAGCAACCAAUUCUUUCUAUUGGUGUGCCAUAGUGCAAACUGCAUUGUACAGAUUAUUACGUCCACAUUCAUACGUACUGAUAAUCUAUUUCUAUCUUUAACACUGCAUUCCUUGUGCCUUCAGUUCAAGUUCUUUGACGCUGUAAAUAGGAUUUUACGACCACAAUACAUGUGAGUGAUGAUCACAUGAUGUUCUUCUAGACCAGGGGUCGGCAACCCGCGGCUCUCCAUCCUCCUUGUUGUGGCUCCCUUCGUAAAGCUUGAAUACUUACUAAGGGAAAAUGCACAAAAAUAACUGACUUUCUGCAAGACCAUAAAUGCAUCAUGGCUGAGUUCUGAGGAAGUGAGAGGAAGAUGCUGUUUGCCUGCUUGUGUUCUUUGAUACGUGACAGAAGUAUUGUCCCACCAGCCGUAAGCUAACCAUUAUAACCAUCUAUAUGCUUGCUAUGUGGCGAGAAACAACAAAAAAGGGGUUGAAAGACAUUUUCAGAACGCCCAUUUUCUGAAAAGCACCUAAUAAAGGUUGCCGACCCCUGUUCUAGACGGUAAAAAAAUACGCCAGAAAGCUCUUUGGCUUUGAGGAGCAUUUGGACUCCUUAAGUUGUGAGUUGAGUGUUUUUAGGUGGGUGAAAGGGAGAAACAGUAUUAAGCACAGACCAUUGAGUCGAAGAACUGAUCGUUUCUGUCUACAUUCAUGUGUGUGUAUUUUUGCAUCCUCCAUUAAGCCUGUAUGGCUAACAUUUCACCGGAAAAGAAAAAAAAAGGAGCUACAGUAUGACACAUGUCAAAGCUUAUUGGGACCUCUAGUGUGGUUCUAUUGCACUGUGUUCUGCAGGAAAGUACUGGAAUUGGUGUUUAGAUCAAAAAGUCUGUAGUGAAGGCCCCUAAAUCCUGCCUCCCUUAUCAGGCUCGAAGUGGUGGCUCAAGAGCACCCACAACGGUCCACCACCAUGGAGGGGAUCUUGCCGUAGAUGAUCUGCUCUUUGCGAUUAAAGUAGAGCAUGUUGAUGGGCGACAUCUUGGUAGGGGUGCAGCAUGGGCCCGCGUUCCCUCUGGGGUUGGCUUUGUUCACAAGGUGGGUGUGCGGGUACUUCUGCAAAUGCAUGUACUCACACUCCCCUGAGCAGUAAUUGGCCUUGUAACGCUUUGGCGCGAUAAUCCAGUCCCAGCCAAAGUCUUCAAAGUCUACUGUGAGUGGAUAACGGCAGCAUCUGGACUCUGGAGAGUUUUCAUCACAGUCCAGGCCGGAGUCUCUUUUCAUGCGUUUGGGGCCUUCUGAGAGCUUCACCUCCAUGAACGGUUGCUGCAAUGAGAGUGUGUGUGUGCACUUGUAAAUAGUUCACACAAAGCAGGUCACCAACAACAUCUGGCUAAUAUGCUGAAGUCUGAUGCCGACUGCUUCUGUCAGCUGGUGUGCCAACAUGGCAUAAUAAUAUUAUGAAACUUUGAUUUCAAGAAAUUAAAUCAAAGGACGCCUGGUUGGACUCCGCUCUUGAACGCUCUAAUUGCCUCAAAGCAUGUUCUUCGUGUCUGAGCUGCCAUUGAUAGUUGCAGUGUACGGGCUCAAUUAGUCUGAUUUGCACAACCACACACAAAACUUUAAGGAAUGUGGUUCUGUUGAACUUAUUACCGAUGAAAUCAAGCAUGCGACUGAUUUUCACCUCAUUCAGAGCUUGGCAUUAGCCCAGAUGUCCACUAAGUGUUUUUUUGAGUAACAACUUUCAAAAGUGCAUGAAUGUUUAAUCACCCGCUGACUGUGCAGAGUGUCUCUGCUUCCUGAAACCUUAAGAACAGAGACCCAGCAUGGAUUGUGAGUCGCUUUUGACCGGGUCACCGAUUGUCUGCUGUAAGUUUUUUUAUUGAUCAAUGAGCAGGCACACAGAUUCUUGGCAAAAUUGUUGUAAAUGUCUUCUAAUUGGGGUCGCACAUUGAAUCUUGGCUCGAUAGCUCGAUAGACUAUUGAGAUAGAAAGUGUGAGACAUAGAUAGAUAUGAUUUUAAGACAUGCAUAUAAAAUAAACCUCAUAAAUUUAAUGUACCAGUGUCAUAAUCCUUAAGUAUCUGACUUCCUGUUCCCACCAACUCAACACUACAGCUCCAGUAUGUUCAUCAAUUCCGAUAUUUCCACUCAUAUGUGACCGCUAUCUGAUUUUUCCAUGUCAGUGUGAACACUAAAUACGACAUACAUCAUCGAAAGGCAUGGUUUAUCAUGCAAGACUUGGAUAAAGGUGGUCACCGAUGUUCUUCUCAUACGAAAAUUACUUUAAAAAUGGCAGAUUUCGUCAAUAUCUCACCACUCCUGCUUCCGAUAUCUACCCACAUGCUCGCAAGUUGUCUACGAACUGCCAUAACCAAAAUUAUUGCCCUCUUUCUUCUUAAUCUCCUACAUGGAAUCAUUUGGUUGAGAAAAUAUUGACUCCCAUUGCAUAAAAUCCUUGAAGUUGCCUCGAAUCCCUAACGAUAACGGAGAGCAUGCUAGUGUUGCGCAUAUUGAUACCGAAAUAUUGAUACUUCCGACUGCUCUAAAGUCGAUUCUCAAAUCAAAAUAUCGAUACUUUUGAUACUUUCAGAUAUAUGAUUUUGUCCUUUUGUUUUUUUAUGAUGUUGUGUAUUAGCUUGGCUAGCAACUCGCUACCUCAAUAUACUAGAGAAGUACUCAGAUAGACCUCCGCUAGUCCCCCCCGUAUAUUUGGAUCAGUCUUUGAUAUUAGUAGAACCUGUUGGAAAAUUGUCCUGUAUUUUAUUUUUUUUUAAAAGUGCUGUGACCAUUUUUUGUGACGUUACAUGCCCAAAUGCAGAAAAUGGUCCCGAUUUCGCAAUGUCAAAGAAACCUUCAAAUUAUUCCCGGUGAUCCCGAUCACCCCCAAAAUUGUAUCACUUCUUCCAUAGCCCGUUUCCAACAAUUCUUGAAAAUUUUAUUCAACUCCAUUCAGAACAUUUCAUGUUAUUUUGAACAAAAAACAGAUAAACGCUGACUGAAACAUAACCUCUGUACUGCGUUUACGCUGCUCUAUGUGAAGGUAAUAUAGGAUUAUGUCUUCAUUCUUUGUGUUUAUGAUUUGGGGAUGGGAUUGGAAAUGAAAUCAGUAAUAUCACGCAUCACUAAGAGCACACCCUGCUGCAAUCUUUACUUUUAUAAAUUCGUAAACACAUGAAAAUAUGUGUGACAUCGCUCUUUUGUGCAUGCACAUCCCUUUCUGUGCGCUUUGCAUUCACAUUAACAAGUUACAUACAUAAAUGACCAAAUAAUAAUCAGAUUUAAACCAAAAAUCCAUCAUACUAUGUGGCUGGAAUGUCAGUUUUUUAUUCACCUAUUGGACAGUUAUUAUUGAAAUUCUGCCUGACUGGGCAAAUGUCUCAGGCCUAUAAGGAUUAUGGGUAUUUAACACAAAAUGACCGACUCCAAUGAAAGACUCUCCCCUACCAUGCAAGCAGUUGGUGCCCACUGAACUUAUUUGAUGUAAAAUGACAUUACUCUCAGAUAGACAUAGAAAGAUCGCUCACCAGUCCUUCUACUCCUGGCUCAGCGGAUGUCACGGCCAAAUCAUUCCCUCUGUUGUCAAAGGCGUUUAUCUCGAUGCCCCAGUUGGUCUCCGGCUGACGCAGCCACACGGUCAGCACUUGUUUGACGUCUAUACUUUGCCAAGAACUAACUCCAGCAUUCACGUCGAUCUUCAAGGAGCGGAUCCUUAUGUGUCUGUUGCCGUCUGAAACCGGCAUCAGUCUGGAGAUUUGCAGGAAGACUGUGGUAGCCUCGUCAGCGGGACGCAGGUGGACCCAUAGCUGAGCCCGGAAUAUACGGCUGGCUUGAAACUUUUGGGUGAAGGAGAAGAAACAGCAUUUUGGUUCUCCUUUUACUUGGACGACAGUCGAAGCUGGAGGGAGAGAGGAAGGAAAGGGAAAAGGGUGCUUGAAAUGUCAGAUACUUCUCAGAUAACGCUUCUCUGUGCGUAACGACCAUGCGCAAAGCCCGUGGUCAUCCAUUCGGAAAUUUUAUUUCUAAAUAUGCCUUUAUUCCUUUAUUAAAUACUUAUUUAAGAGCAUCGCGUCGUUAACUCUAUAAAAUAAUUCACAAGUUGUCAAAAAAUAUAAGCUCAUCCGUGCGUAAAUCGGCUGCCAUGCAAAUUUAAGCGUCAACAAACAGAGCAAAAACAAUUACGUUCAGUAGCCAUCAUCAUUAUAGUCUCGGUGACUGCAUGCUCGUCGUCCUCCUCCAUCACCACAUCCUUGUUAUCGUCUCCCAGUACGUCGUACUGGUCGAGAAGCUGCUGCAGCGGCGGCGCUUUAGGCAGGAGCUGCUUCAC